CGCAUCCUCUGUCCCCCCCCCUCAGGCUAUGGGGAUUCGCCCCCCGCGGGCUCGGUGGCCACGCGGCAGGGUCGGGCGGCCUUCCUGCAGCGCGUCGUGCGGCAGCUGGGCCUGCAGAGACCUGUCCUCGUCAGCCCGUCCAUGAGUGGCCGCUUUGCCCUGCCCUUCCUCCUGGCACACGGCGAGCAGCUGGCCGGCUUCGUGCCCAUCGCACCCGUGGGCACGCGAGAAUACAGUGCUGUGCAGUACCAACAGGUCCAGACGCCCACUCUGAUCCUGUACGGUGACCGUGACACCGGCCUGGGCCAGCAGGCUCUGCAGAGCCUCCGGCAUCUCCCCAAGCACCGCGUGGUUGUGCUGCCUGGUGCUGGCCACGCCUGCUACAUGGACAAGCCAGAGGACUUCCACCAGGCCCUGCUGGGAUUCCUGGGCCAGCUGCAAUGAUCUGGGUGCUGCUGCACUGAGCAGAGGGCAGCGGGGCCAUGGCUUUGUCCCUGUGCCUUGCUGGGAGGUGGGGAGGCGGUGUGGAGCUGGGGGUGAAUCACCAGCAGCGCUCUCCUGUAGCAUCGCCUCUCCCUCCUAUGGUUGGGAGCGGAAGUUCCACGCUCAGAACCGUGGAAUCGUGGAAUAUCCCAAGUUGGAAGAGGUGCUGGCUCCACACAGAACCACACAAACACUGAGAGUGAUGUCCAAACGCUCCCUGAGCUCCAGCAGUUUGGGGCUGUGCCCACUGCCUUGGGGGAAGAGGGGGCUGUUCUGUGCCCACCACCCCCUGGACCUUUCUCUGAAUUUCAGAAUGAUGUUCUGGCAGGACAACCCCCAGUGGCCAGGGCUCCGGGCACGGUGCUGCGGUGCUGGCGCAGGUUGGGGGACCGCGAGCUGGAAGGAAGGAGCUGCGAGCCGCCUGUCCCGAGACCAAUAAACACGUCGUGCUCCGGUC